GGGCGGGGCGGCGCUGCCGGAAGCGCGGCGAGCUCCCGCCUUUGCGCCGGGGUUCGGGGGUCAGGCGCGGCGCCGCCGCCGCCACCGCCGGGGUCCGGCGGGCGCCCAUGGAGGGCUCCGGGGACGAAGAGCCGGGGGCCGUCGGGCCGCUGCAGCAGCUGGUGAAGAAGCAGCGCAAGGAGAAGCGGGAGCUGCAGGCAAAAAUUCAAGGCAUGAAAAAUGCUGUUCCCAAGAAUGAUAAAAAGCGACGAAAACAGCUGGCUGAUGAAGUUGCCAAACUAGAGGCAGAACUUGACCAGAAGCACAAGGAGGAAUUAAAGCAGCUGAAGGAAGCUUCACCAGAGCAGAAUAAGACAGAUUGUGUAGCUGAUGGGGUUGCAAAUUUAGAGCUUGAAGGAGUAGAGCAACAGAUUCAGCAUCCUCGAAUAUCAAAAGCACAGAAGAGGCGGGAAAAAAAAGCUGCCUUGGAGAAAGAAAGAGAAGAAAGGAUAGCUGAAGCUGAGAUAGAAAAUUUAACAGGUGCUAGACAUCUUGAAAGUCAGAAACUUGCUUCCCUCUUGGCAGCAAGGCAAUUGGAGAUUAAACAGAUCCCUUCAGAUGGCCACUGCAUGUACAGAGCCAUUGAAGAUCAGCUCAAGGAUUGCCAGAAUUCCUGGACUGUUGCAACUCUGAGGAACCAAACAGCAAAGUAUAUGCAAAGUCACUUUGACGACUUCCUGCCUUUUCUUACAAACCCUGGUACUGGAGACAUGUAUAGCAAAGAGGAAUUUGAAAAAUACUGUGAUGAUAUAGCAAAUACAGCUGCAUGGGGUGGUCAGCUGGAACUAAGGGCUUUGUCGCACAUUUUGCAAACACCUAUUGAAGUAGUGCAGAUGGAUUCCCCUCCCAUUAUUGUUGGUGAAGAAUAUUCAGGCAAACCAAUAAUACUUGUGUAUAUGAGACAUGCCUAUGGAUUAGGAGAACAUUACAAUUCUGUAAAACUUCUAACAGAUGCUGCUACAGAAAAUGGCAGCUAGCAUACAAAAGUCAUAAAUCCACAUGGAUAACAUUUGCAUCUUGAUGUGCUAGUCUCCAGACAAUUCCUAGACAGACUGGAAAGUAAAACUAAAUAGAAUGGACUAAAAAUGAAGGAAAAAAAAAAAAAAACAAAACAAAACCCAAACAAAAACAAACAAAAAAAAAAGGCAAAACAAAUUUACAAGAUUUGAAGAUAAACCAGAAAUAGCUCUUGAUUUAAAAUGAAACCAAAACUACACAACAGUAUUUUUAACUUGUUGGUAUGAAUCAUGUUUAGAAGAUCUUCUCUAAAAUGGUGGCUGUGUAGAUCAGAAUUUUUUUCUUAAAUAGAGCUUCAUCCCAUGCUGCAGUGAAAAUACUGAGUAGUAAAUGUUUUUGUUAAUCUGCAUCUUUGCUGAAAAAUUAAGGUUACCCAAAGGUUCCUGUUACAUUAUUUCUGGCAGGUUUUGAUCAUCAUGUAAGAGUUAAGGCAUUUAAAAGAAUUGAUUUUGAUUGAUGGAAUAUCCUUCACAGUGUUUAUUUAGUUUUAUCAGGAUCUAGCUUUAAGGCUGUAGUAGGGAUUCCCUUCUUUAUUUGGGCAGAGAAAAGCUGGAGGCAAAUCCAGAAGUAGAAUAUCCCGUUUGACUGAAAGACUUGCACAGUCUUUUUAUUUUAAGGACUUUUAUCUAAGAUUUUUACCAAGGUUUGAGGAGUUCAUUUUUUUUUUUUUUUGCUGUUGACAGUAGUAACUGAACACUUGAUGCUGUUACCAGUACUGAAUCUGUAAGAGCAGCAUCGUUUAUGACUAUUCAUCAUACUACUGAUGCAACUUAACCGUGCUGUUCAUCCUUCGUAGUCUCUCAUCUGUGCAUUUCGAUGAUACAGAAAUCUUACAAACAAAAAGCUCCUCCAUGUCCUCACUUCAAGUAGUGAAACUCAUCUGAAAUAGUAAUUUAUGGAUCUGCUGAUCUAAGCACUUCGUGAUCUGAAGUGUGAUGUUUUAUAAUGCUUAAAACAGCUGGUUGCAUACAGAUGUGAAAAUAACCACCUGGGUUUUGUCAAUAACUUCAAAGGUGAUCUGCAAAAGAAUUAUUUUCAUUGCUCCAUAUGAUGCACGUUGACUCAAAAGGUGGGUUUUUUCAAAAUGGCUUGACUUUUUACAUUAGAAAUGUGGAUUUUUGUCUUCAAGUCACCGUAAAUGUGACUCCAAAAUUAGCAGCAUACUGAAACCAAAGUUGUAAUGCAAUUGUUUUUUAACAGUAGAAGUGAUUAUUUUAUUUUCUUUAAAGCCUUAGUCAAUAACAUGAUAAUUUUAUUUUAGUGCUGGUGAGUUGGCUUGGAGAAAAGCGGUUUAUGUCAAGUUUAAACACCUUUGACUUUUGAUUUGAGGAUUAUGACCUAACAGUGCAUAUCUUGUAAUCCUUCUGUAAAGCUAGCCAGCGGAUUGAUGUUCCUGGGACUUAAUAAAUGAGAGGGAAAAAUCUGUUUUUACUUAAGAAGAAGAAAAUAAGUGUUCACUUUAUGGAUCAGAUUAUGUCUGAUUUAAAGCACUUUGAGAGAGAGAGAGAGGGUUAAAAAAAAAAUCAGACCAUUAUAGCAGGGGGUUUUGGACAAGCAGAACUUGAAUUGUGACUUCCUUAGAAUGGUGCCUGCCAGGAAAACAAAGUAUUAACCAGAUCAGGAGUUUUUACAUCCUUAUUUAUCUGAUACUGUAUAGCAAAUAUAGCUGUAUUUGUAACAGCUGGUUUACUGUAGAAUUUGGUUUACUGCCUUGAUUGUAUAAAACAACAAUGUUUUUAAUUUCAAACCAAAAAUCAGAUACAAUAGUAUGGAAAAGUGUCUCUAUCCAUAAUACCACUCUGAACUUCACUGAAAAUAAUAAUCAGAAAUAGUCUGUGUUGCUUAGAAUUGGUGUGAUAUGAAAUGCACAUACUGCUUUUUAUAGAUACCCUGUGAAAAAAGUUCUUUGGUUUAUUGAGUUUUCAUUCUUGUUUGAUUAACUAUCAGAGAAAAGAUGCCAGAAUUGUGGAAUGCCUAUACCAACAGUUUGUCCUGUUGAAGAUGUUUACAAUUUGUAUAAAGCGAGAUAAUGUUCUAAUAUUGUGAGUGAAAGAUCCUUGCUCAUGCUGUAUGGGACUUGCCAAAAAGUAAUAAAUUGGUUUAUUUGUGGCA